ACUGGAUCAGUCAAUGGAAUGGGCGAUUCUUCGAGCAGGAGUUGUCUAGCUCAUGUGGGACUCAUUAUACACCUUGGCCAUGAUGGCAAACAAUGUCCUGGAGGUCACCUGAUCAGUGGAAUUUGUUUGAAGAAGAUGAACCUGAAGAUCUGCUCGAGCCUGAAGAUCUGCCAUUUGUGUCGGACCGAGUUCCAGCCAAAGGAAAACACCAUGGUCAUUGUAGACAAGUCCGGAGUUCAUCGCCUGGAGAUUCGAUGCUGUGAAUGUCCGAAUGCCAUGAGUCCGGACAUUCAAAUGUUUCGACACAGAUUUUUCCCUGCAUCUUUCAACAGGCCAAAGACUGUCCUUGAAUGUGGCACCUCGGCGAUGAACUAUUACAGCAAGCUCCGGCGAAUGACCUCCAGCAUGUUUCCACACCUUGUUCCGGACCGAUACAGAGAGCUCAUGAGGGUCGCUCGACAGUGGAGGCAGUUGAAGACAAUGAAAUGGCAUGGCUUUGGCCAUCGUUCUGAUAACCCGAGCACAGGAGAACUCGCAUUAUUUUGCCCGGCAGUCUGGAAAUACACCCGGUCAUUUGUGAUGGACAGAAAUUUCAAAGCCGAACAUCUGCAUCCCAUUAAGCCAUUCGAUGAAGUUUGGCUGUCCGAUGGGCUUGGAUUCAUGGUAGGAAAGGACAGGUAUAAAAUGCAUCUGGCAGAGGCUGCUGACACAGUGGAAAAAUCAAGCUGCAACAAUCACCGGGCAGUAAAUCAAGCUAAUGCUGCUCGGCACAAGCUGGAGUCCACCGGUAUCGGGGGAGUUGCCUGUGCCAGACACGGUUGCUUUGUCCCUCACUCCAUGGUGGAUUUUCAGAAAGGCGAAAAGGCAAGCCACAUCCACCAUUCCCCAUUCACGAGCUUCCAGCACAACAUGGAAGGCAUCACCAGGGCUGUCACCUUCUAUGAUAUUAAUUGUCAAUACAACAAACACUUUCGGGUUCGGGUGGAUCGAAGUCGAUUUCUAGAAAUGGCACCACAACUAACCAUCAUUCCCGGAAUUGGCUGCUAUGUCCGAUAUGCUUCUAACUUUAUUGAAGGCAUUGGUCGGAUCGAUGGAGAGAUCAUGGAGACUCUAUGGGCACGGCUCAAUCUGAUCUCCCCUGCUGCUCGGGGAAUGAAUGGUAUCUUAGAAAACUCGAUGAAGCAGCACCCUUCACAUUUGAAGACAGAAUGGUUAGCCAGGGAGAGGAUAGCUCAGUCAAGCAGAUUGAAUGAUCCUUCAGCGAUGGAUGAAUAUGAGAUCAAUAUCAAAAAAGGCAAAAAGGAGAUCGAGCUUAGAUUGUUAGAGGAGGGUACGCCCGCAUGCAGCACCCUCUCGAGAUCUGUGGCGACGUGGAUAUCAACAGGGUUAGCAAUUGAAGAGGCUCAGAUUGCAUUGCUCAUCGAGGUCCGAAGGAUCGGAAGAAGAUCCACCGAGACACAGAGAUUAGACAUCGCCCGUCAACGCGAUCGGCUCCAAGGCCAGAUAGAUGGAUUUGCUCGGGAUUUGAUGCAGAUGAUGAACCUGAAGGACUGGGACGUAGACAUUCUAGAUGAUCUCGAUGAUGACCCGGCGGAUUUCACAGAGACAUCUCAUACAUGGACAAACUCUCCCGAGCUCACUGUAAUCCCGUUGCCAUCAAACCUGGGGGUUGAUAGAUGCAGACGAUGCAUGGCAGAGGAUCUGAUUCCCCUGGAGAUGUCUCUUCGUGAAGGGCAGGCCAAUGAUGCCCUUCACAAUCUCCGCAUUUACCUUUGCAACAAGGCCAUCCUGUUCCGAACAACCGUUAGGCAGGCCAAAUCCCAGGCCCUGAAAACUCGAGCUUGGUCCCAGGUGACCACUGCAGUGGGCGACCCAAAUGCCCGAGGUCAACGAAAUGAAUCUUUGGCUUGGUUUUGGUCUGUUGAAGUCGACCUCGGGGAAUGUGAGUUCCUGCUUGCAUGUCAUAUCCCGCGGUUACCUGACUGGACCCAUGCCAAGUUUACCGAGUCCAUUGGCUGAGGGCAAGGCACUACGAGAUCGAUGGAGGGAGGAAAUGCUAUUGGUCAAAUUGGAGAUGGAUUGGACAUGUAAGUUCUUUUGUGGAAAAGCACCCAAUGGGGCGAGCACAUGCAGGAAUCAUUGAGAAACACUUCCGGUCACGGAUGCUCGACCGGAAGGCAAUCCCAAAUGUAUUCAUUGCUGGCACAGGAUGCGCAGGCAGCUUUUCAAGACCUACAAAAUGUGUUGAUAGAGGCUGGAGAU